GUAAUUGUUACAGCACGAGAAGGGACUUCAAGUUCAUAUCAGCCGCAUCAGGAGCCAUAGUUAUGGGCCCGGAUAUCCUGACUUGUGUUCUUACGCCGUAACGUUUUUUCUCGAUUAAAUUGUCUUGAUUGAAGUAGAUCUCCCGUCUUUCGAAGGACGUGCAAGAAUAAAAACCCUCGAGACUCUAUGAGGUGAUCAUCCUCCUCAAUUACGAUCAUGCAGCUCUCAUUUAUUUUCACGACACUCAUGUCUUUUGCAGCUAUUGCUGCGGCAUAUCCCACACCAGGACUGGGGAUGAAACGUACUUCUUUGACUCAGCGAGAAGAGCUUGACUCUAACUUCACUCGCUAUUUGAACACUAGGGCCCCUGAUGACAUUCCUAGCGGGCCUCAACUUGACGAUCCUGACACUAUUGACGAACCCAAUUUCAAUGACUGACAAGCGGCGCGAGGACGUCGAAUCGAGAAGCGCGAGAAGUGGCCAUACAUAUAAGAAAGGGAUCGUUUUUUUUUGUUUCCGCUGUUUUCUUGAUACGUGAUUUAUUGCCUACCAGUUGUAUAAUAAAGGAGGAUGGUGAGGGGUGUUACAACGUCGCCAAUCACCAACUUGUAGUUUUUGUGUGCACAAUGCUCCUUGCGUGUCGCUUCCUAUGGUGCUUAUUGUUAGGAAAGUCGGGAAUUCCGGAAUUCGUGGCACUGUAGGU